UGCUCGACCCGCCAUAUCAUACACAGAUAGCAUAUAAUAUUUAUUUGUGCUGUUUCCCGCUUCGCUAGUGUUGGACCAGUGCAGUGUGCGCGUAGUCUGUGUUCGAAAAAAAAAUAAAAAAAAGUUGUUUUAUUUUUAAAUUGCCCCAUGAAAAUUUAAAUUUAGAACUCCUUUUACAAAAUAUUAUCUGUGGACUGUGAAUGGAAUAGCCAUAGAAGUGCUAGUGUAUUUUGGUAAUUUGUGUCGUGGCUGAAAAUAGUUGGUGUUUUUUGGCGGGAAUUUUCUUGGCAUCAAUUUUAAUUUCCCAGUGAUGUCACGUGGAUCGCAGAAAGUUUUGGAGAGAAUGUAUCUGUCACGCAGGCGCCGCUCGGCGUCGCUAGUACUAAGAUGCGUUCGUUGAUAGCGUACUAUGCGGACGCUGUGAUGGCGGCAAGCCGUGGGGCGGGCUGCGCGCUCGGCUGCAGUGGCCGCGGCGACUGCAUGAACGGCACGUGCCUCUGCGAGAUCAGAUACGCGGGCGACGAGUGCGCGGGCCCGAACAUGCCGUACCAUGCGUGCAUAGGCGGCGUGUUCCUAGCCGUGUCGUUCGUGUGCGCUGUACAACUGACCGUGUGCAUAGUGGCCGAGUACCGGCGGCUGAAGGCGCCCAACGUGCUGCGCGCGUUCAAGGUGACCACGCAGAAGAUGCUGUACCUCGUCGCGUUCCUCGCUUCGCUGAUACGCGGCGCUUAUUUUAUUUCUCCUUCAUCAUUCCAAGAAACAUGGGCGACGAGUCUUCUAUCAGCAUACUAUCCACUGCUCCUAUCUGGCUCUUCACUCAUCGUCUGUUUUUGGGCUGAGGUAUUCCACCUCCGCGACGUUCGAUGGGAGAGGCAGCGUUUCCUCUCCAAGUCUUUCCUUGCAUUCGUCACAUUCAACGUGAUCAUCUAUUCGCUUCUAUUCGCCGAAGUGCUGACUAUCAACGUGGCAAAUACGUCUGCUGAGAAGAAGAGUUUCUAUCAGCACGUAUUCAACGGAUGCUACGCGGUUUUGUUGUUCGUUGUGGUUGUCUUCUUCCUGAUUUAUGGCGUCGAAGUAUACUUUAAGCUUCGCGGCGAGUUCCUGCGCGAGACGAAAGUGUGCACAAUAAUCACACCGCGGCCGGGACCCUCGUCCGCGGCCGACGGGGACGAUGUGCAGGACACGCUCGUCAAACAGGGUGUGCAAACGGACCUGGCGCAGUACGACGGCAGCGUGGACCCGCGCUCGGUGAACCACUCGCAGCUGCACCAGUCGCGGCUCGGCCUCAUCAGCCAGGCGCUCAUGCUGAUACUCAUCGUGGGCUUCCUCGCCAGCGAGACGCUCAGCGAGUUCUGGAAGGCCAAAGUGCCGGUGGUGUCGCGCAACUGGCACGACGUAGUGUUCCGUCUCGCCGAGAUCGGCGUGACGCUAUGGUUCCCGUGCGUGCUGUGGAACUGCAUGGCGCCCGAGCGGCUGUGGAUCCUCAACCCGCGGCGCCUGCUCGCGAGGCAGCUCGACGAGGCGCGCCUCGCGGACCUGCUCGCGCCCAGCGGCCUCGCCGACACCAAGAACGUAGAAACCGACUCGCUAGUAGGCAGCGUUGGCUCCGGCCGCGACUGCUGGAUAUGCUACGACGGCUCUCGCGCUGAGCCGCUGAUCCGGCCGUGCCGCUGCACCGGGGACGUGGCCGCCGUGCAUCAUGACUGCCUCAAGCGGUGGCUCAUAGAGAGUUAUGGUACUCCCGAUUGCAUGAAGUGCAAAGUGUGCAACACACCUUAUCAUGUGGAAGAAACGAACAGACUACUCUGGGAGCGCGGGUUCACGUGCCUGCACGCGCUGCGCACGCUGCUCGCGUUCAUAUGCAUGUCGUGCUCGGGCAUGUUCGCGUGGGCGCUGGUGCAGGUGUACUCGUCGCCGGUCGCGCGCGUACUGGGCACGGGCGGCGCGCUGCUCAUAUGCUAUGUGGCGGCUAGGUACCUGGGCAUCCACACACUAUCAGCGUACCGUCGCGCUAGAGUCGCAUCAAUACGCAUUAUAACAGAACCACUGGACGCCCCCUCAACGAACGACACGCAACUAUCGACCAUAAGCAAAACUGUUACAGUCGAAAUUGCUUCGAAGAACGUUCUGGAACAAGCGCUCAAGGGCGAGGGGAACAAAUGAGACACCGGUAACGAACCGUUAUAUAACUGUUAUGUGACAUUGUAUAACGGUUAUCUAACGUUAUGUAACAGUGAUAACUAUAGAUUCGUUGUAACGGCCUAAAUGUAACGGAGUUAUGAACAAAGUUUGACUAAGUAAUAAAGAAUUGAUGGAUUGUCUUAGUUUACACUUGGAAACUUUAUAAUACUUUGGAUUAAUUAUUUAGCCAAAAUGAUGAAUUUUUUCAAGUAUUUAAAGUGAGGCCUGGUGUAAAAACAACAAGAAACUUGGUGCAGAAAAGUACCAAAUAUAUCACAUGAAAUAUAUUAGCAUUAGAACACCGUAAAGAAUCUAUAGUUACCCAUUAUCAAUUGGAUUACACAAAUAACGUUAUAACAAGAGAAUAACGGUUUAAAAUAGCGUUACUACAUACAAGGAAAUACCGAAAAAAUAACGUUACAUAACGAUACGUUAUUCGGAGCAGUACAAAGUGAUUGUGAUAGUGUUUUCUCUUUCUGUCGGAUAUUAAGACUGUCAAAAUUUGCCAAAUUUAGUAAAAAAAAGAAAAAGAAAAUAAACAUUAAUUUUUUUGUAUGGACAUUGGUUACAAUGGAAAACUUAGCAUAUCAGUUGUCACAAUAAUAGCGGGUGUAAAAGUAUUUAUUGUGUUGCCGUUUUGGCGGGAAACAUUAAUGGAGAAGAAAUGUAAUUUUUUUUAAUUAUUUAACUUGUAUUAGUCUUUCACACUUUAUUUAAAAAUACCGGCAAAGUUAAUUAGAAAUAAUUUGACGGAUUUAAAUCGCGAUUUUUUUCCAAUAAUCCGUUGUUUUUUUUAAAUUAAAUUUAAAUGGCACGAUAAAUUUACAUUAUGUAAACGUUUUUUGUUUAUCCAGCAAAUAUUAUUACUUCAAUCUAUGUUUACUUGUCAAUUUUAGUGCAUAAAAAGUUAUUUUUUAACAUUGAUAGUUCAAACGAUAUCACAAAAUCAGUGCCAAAGAGAUUUACGUAACAGAUAAAUACGUAUAAGAAAAAAAAAACACAAAAAAUAAGUUUGAAUUAAUUUAUUUUAAAGUGUGAAUGUAGCGUAGAAAUUACUGGGUAAGAACCUUCAAAAAAAACAUUGAAUUAUUCCAAAAUGUACAUGUUUAAGUCAAUUUCAUACUUAAUGUGACGUUACCACUUUAGUUUAGAAAAAUCAGCAGAAAGCAAAAAGACUAUUUUGACAAAAAAAAAAGCAAUAUUUUAACCGAAUCUUCAAAAUUGGUAUAACUUCAUCAUAAUAAUGAUAAAAAAAUGUCAAAAUAGUCUCGGGGGUAAAUUAUAUUUUUUUAAUUCAUAGUAGCUUUCCGUACAUAUAAUAAAAAUUAUCUAUAAUUCUAUAGUAUAGAGAGUCUGAAGAGACUUUUUUUUAUUUAGCUGUCAAUUUUGCCUCACAUAAUAUUAUGGUCAUACAUGCAAAAUAUUUAUUUAUUUCAUCUUCAUCUAUCAAUUUUAUGAUUCCAAUAAAAUAUAUUUAGUCUGUAUUCCCGCUUUUUUUUUAAAUUUAUUAACUCUAUAGGCAUUGACUAAGUAACAUCGUUAAUUCUGUAACUGUUUAUUAAUAAUUAUAAAUGUAUGAGAAAUUAUUAUAUUUUUUAAAGAAUUAAGAAAUUAAAAUACGUAGCUUCUAAAUAUAUUGGUUAAGUAUAAGGGCUAUGGUAAAAUUGUUGUUUCUUUUAUUUUUAUAUCACGAAAAAAUAUUAACCCUAAAGGUUUGUAGUUAUAAUUAAAUGUAGAUUUUUUUUAAUAUAUAGUAACUUCUCAAACGUUGUCAGUUUUAUUGUUAAAAAUAAAUAUAACGUUGAUAUAGAGUGUAGCUAUUGAUUUAAAAAAUAUUUAUAAAACACUUAUACAGUGAAUAGACAUACUUGCAGUAGUGACAGAUAAUUUUUCAUUUUUUUUUCAAUUUGGCGCCAUUUUCUUUUUUGAAGUUAAAUUCGUAGAUGGAAUUGAAUGAGUGUGCCAAAAAAAAACAAAAUAUAUUAUACAUAGGUAUUCACUCAAAAUAUAACCCUCCAUAAGGCAUAGGCGUAAUUCCUAUUAAUGUGAAAAUAUAUUAAGAUAUUUAAAUUUGUCAAUAAGUAAUGCAUUAACGGCUGGACCGAUUCGGGUAAAAUUUUGUUACAAAGAUAGUUUAUAACUAAGGAAAUCUUUUAUAAACUAGAAAAAAAAAUAGUUCUGUGUAAAUAUGUCAAUUAUUCUUAAAAUUGAUAAAAAACAAUAUAAAAGAAGAUAAUAUAAUAUAUUAAAAGUUACGUACUCUAUAUCUUCGUUGAUUUAAAAGGAAAAGUAUUUUGCUACACAAAUCUAAAUUCUAACGUCUAAUAUUUAAGGUAUAAACUGUAGUGUGCUAGAUUUUUAGUGGACGCCAUAUUGAGGUUAGCUGACUGUUUUAUAUUUAUAGUCGUAUAUAUAGACCCAGUGAUUUUAAUAUAUUUCCUACGUAUAUAUGUUUUUUUUUUAGUUUAAAGUCAGUUAUAUGCAAUUUUACGUAUUAUUUUUAAGUUGCUUCACAAGUUAGUGCUGUUUGAAUAUUUGCUUGUUAUAUUACUACAUAAAUAUAUGAGAAAUGUAUGUGUUUUCAUUUAUAUGGUAUACUUAUGUAAAAAGAAGAAAGGCAAGGCAGGACAAUAUUUUGUGUGUUAGAAUAUAUUAUCAAAUGUAAUUUCGUCCAGAAUCUAUAUGAACUACAUAAAUAUUUAAAUACAUACUAUAAAAAUCAUCACAUAUAAGUAAUUUAAUAUCUAUUUUUAUUUCAAAAAUCCCUACUGUAAUAGUAGUUCAUAUCGAUUCUCGGUGACUAUACUUCAAAUAUAACAAUAUGCGUUUAAAAAGAAAAAAUAUUUUUGUAAUUGUUAAAAUAACAGUCAGCAGUUAAAUUUAAAGUGUGGUUAUAAUUAUAUAAAAGAUUGCAAUAAGUUAAUAUUGUAUUUUGAUCUCUAUGUUCUAUCAAAAAUUGUAACUGGUUUAUAUUUUGUAAAUAUAGCAUAUAGUGAUAUCCCUAGUGAUAUUUGAGUUGUGGAUAAGGAAUACAAAUGUCCAGUACAUAAA